CUUCAUUUAUAAUUCUUCUUUCUCGUCUCUUUCGUUUACGAGUCGGGGGAUCGAGUUUUUUUCUCCUGUAACUAAGUAAUGUAUAGCGUUAUAUUUCCUCUUUUGUAUCAUGGUGCUUAACUUGAGUGUUUGAUAAAUUUGCGUACAUUUCAUCACCCAUAUUUUACUCUAAAAUGCUUUACGCAUUUGCUAGACGUACAUGUAAUGCUUGAGUGUUGGAUUAAGUAAUUAAUCCUCAUACAAUGGGACGUAUAACGUUCUUGUAUUUCGUCGGAAUUUUGGCCUUGUCAAGUAUUUUCGGAGUUGAUGCAGAAAGUCCUUACAGAUAUUAUGAUUGGGAAGUAACAUACGGAACAAUAUCACCUCUUGGAGUUCCUCAAAGGGGUAUUCUAAUAAAUGGCCAAUUUCCUGGUCCAACAAUUGAAUGUGACACCAAUGAUAAUGUCAUUAUUUCUAUAAGAAAUAGUUUGGAUGAGCCAUUUCUCAUGACAUGGAAUGGGGUUUGGCAAAGGAAGGUGUCGUGGCAAGACGGUGUACUCGGAACCAACUGUCCUAUCCCUCCACACUCAAACUGGACCUACACAAUGCAAGCCAAGGAUCAAAUUGGUACCUAUAUGUACUUCCCUUCCACGGAGUUGCAUCGACUGGCCGGGGGUUUUGGUGCUUUCAUUAUUAAUAAAAGGUCUGUCAUUGCGCUCCCAUACACUGAGUCAGCAGCCGCAUUCACCCUCCUUGUUGGAGACUGGUACAAGACUGAUCACAAGGAACUCCAAAAAAAGCUGGACAAUGGAGAAAGUAUGCCCAUGCCAGAUGGCUUGCUUAUUAACGGUGAUCCAAGCAACACAGUUUUCAGUGGUGAAGCAGGGAAAACUUACUUGUUUCGAGUGGCAAACGUAGGGACAAUGACAUCCAUCAAUAUUAGGAUUCAGGGGCAUAUGAUGAAGCUUGUUGAGAUUGAGGGUUCUCAUGUUCUCCAAGAAAUCUACGAGUCACUCGAUGUUCAUCCAGGCCAAUCUUUAGCUUUCUUGGUUACCCUCCAUGGCUCGGCCAAGGACUACUACAUAGUCGCAUCAACUCGUUUUGACAGAACGUCUAUAGACGCCACUGCCAUACUUCAUUACAAUGGUUCAGAUAUCGGCCCUUCUCAUCCUUUGCCCGUUGGCCCUACUUAUCAAGUUCAUUGGUCCAUGAAGCAAGCCAGAACUUUCAGAUGGAAUCUGACAGCUAAUGCUGCAAGGCCUAACCCUCAAGGAUCUUACCGUUAUGGAGGAAUCCAAGUAACUAAGACAAUUGUUUUGGAAAAUUCUGUUGGAGAGGUCAAUGGCAAGUUACGUUAUGGGGUCAACAAUGUUUCCUACGUAAACCCGGAUACACCACUGAAACUUGCUGACUAUUACGGUAUUCCUGGUGUUUUCGACCUUAACACGAGUAGAGAUCAACCAACACCAGGGCCUAUGAUCUCCGGCACCACGGUUUAUGGGACAGAACUACAUGAUUUUGCAGAAAUCAUCUUCCAAAACAAUGAGACGGACACCCAAUCUUGGCAUCUUGAUGGCCAUAACUUCUUUGUUGUCGCAUUUGGUGCGGGUACAUGGAGUCCAGAUGUUAGAAGAAAAUACAAUAUGGUUGAUGCUGUUUGGAGGAGCACCGUCCAGGUGUAUCGAAAUUCAUGGACAGCAAUAUUAGUAUCUUUGGACAACAAAGGAAUGUGGAAUUUAAGGUCAGCAAUAUGGCACAGGCAGUACUUGGGACAGGAAGUGUAUAUCAGGGUAUGGAACGAUGAAAAAAGUCUGUUUACAGAGAGUGACAUCCCUCCAAAUGCUCUCAAGUGUGGAAAGGCUGCUAAUUUAUAGAUUUAGUUUAUAUAUUGUAGUUUUCUUGUAUUGUACUCAUUUCAAUUUUUUUUCUUGAUUUUAUAUUUUCCUAUUGUGGGGGUAUUUAUUUUCCCAAAAAAGGAAAAAUCAGUCACAAGGGUAUGACUGUCCAAAAAAAGAGGGGGAAACAAGCUUAUAAGGAGGGAUAAGAAAAGAAAUUCAACUGUACCUUGAUCAUAUAUCUCAAUCCAAAAUUAUAAUAAAUAUAUUGAGGUAUUUUUCUUAUUAAA